AUGUCAAACGCCCUGGACCAGUUUAUUAUGGAAGAUGUGGCUAAAAACUGCCCCCAACAAUUUGUAGAGUAUCAUAAAUGCAUCUCUAAAAACAAGGAUGAUCCUGGCCAAUGUGCUUUCCGGCAGAGAGACUUGUCGGUAUGUAUCAAACAGAAGGUGCCAAGCGUUCAAAAAGUAAUGGCCAAGUGCGGCCAACUGAUGCAAAAGUACGAGACCUGUGUGCGCGACAAUAUGGAGACGCGCACUAUCAAUGAGAACUGUCUAGGCCUUUUACAAGAGAUGCGCACCUGCGCAGAGAAGCAGGUCCAAGGCCCGAGCCCCAUUAACCAGCUCUAG